AUGUCUAUCUUUGGACGCACCACUUAUUCGGCAGCCAGCUAUGCCGCCUUUCGGCCGUCAUACCCCCCGGCCCUCUUUAACAGGAUUCUUUCGUUCCACGAACAAGGUCGUCAGAUCCGCUCGACUCCCGAUGCAGGGACGCUUCUUGACCUCGGCUGCGGCCACGGCCUCAUCGCCCGGGCCCUAAGCUCCGACUUUCGUCGUGUCAUCGGCCUUGACCCUAGUGCCGGCAUGGUUGAGCAAGCCCGAUCGAUGACCACCGGGAAGGCGAGUAAUGUCGAGUUCAGGCAGGGCAAGGCUGAGGAACUCGGCUUCCUAGGAGAAGGGGAAGUCGAUAUGGUUGUCGUGGGACAAGCAGCGCACUGGUUUAAUCUGGAUAAACUAUGGGCAGAGCUGGGCCGGGUCGUGAAGAGGGGAGGUACGCUUGCGAUAUGGGGGUACAAAGACAACAUCAUUGUCGGACAGCCACUGGCGACUAAGAUAUACGACGAGUUUACCUACAGCGAGAAGGAAGUUGCACCUGGGAUGGAGAGCAUGAACGCCUACUGGGAAAAGCCGGGAAGGGACUUGAUCCGGGCUUCAUUGGACGUCGUCCGGCCGCCCCCGAGCGAAUGGAAAGAGCUAGCAAGAGAUACGUACGAACCGAACCGGGAGACAUGUAGGGUAAGUCAAGCUGAAGCAGAGUCUGCAUGGUUACAGAGGAGGAUGAAGCUUGGCGAGUUUGAGGGAUACGUGAGGUCGUUCAGUGCUUAUAGGGGCUGGAAAGAUGCUCAUCCGGAUGCGAAGAGCAGGGCAGAAGGAGGCUCGGACGGAGAUGUUGUUGAUGUCAUGUUUGACCACAUUCUUGACGCUGUCCCAGCGUGGAAGGAGUUGGGGCCAGAGAGAUGGAGAGAGGCCGAGAUAGACGCAGUCUGGGGAACGGUCUUGAUUGUAGCGAGGAAACUGUGA